GACUGAGCCUAGGUACCCGCCCCUGGGGACCCUCGGCCCUCCCGUAGCGCUCCCGGGAUGCGGGCGGCGCGGGCCUCCGCGGCAGAUGGAAGCGGGUGGCGCCGCCCCGGGCGCAGGUGACACUCGCCAGGCCUGGGUUUCUGCCGGAGGGGAAGUGCUCUGGAAGCUUGAGUCGCAAUCGCUCCAGGAACUAGGGACCCGGCAGCGAUGGCCAGAGAGCUGAGCCAAGAGGCACUGCUGGACUUUCUGUGCCAGGCAGGGGGCCGCGUGCGUAACGCAGAGCUGCUGAGCCACUUCAAGAGCUUCCUGCGCGACCCUCACGUGCCUCCUGACCAGCUGCAAGAACGUCGCGAGCUCUUCAAGGGCUUCGUGAACUCAGUGGCUGCAGUGCGCCAAGACCCCGACGGCACCAAGUACGUAGUGCUUAAGAGGAGGUACAGGGACCUGCUGGGGGAAGAGGGUCUGCAACGACCCGCCCCUGCAGAGGGACCGCAGCGGAGCCGCCGCCGCCAGCGAGGCCCGGAGCCGAAGAAGCCGCCGGCAGGUGCCAGGACCCGGGUGGACGCAGGUGACGAUGAGCUAGCGGGCAGUGGCGCGCCGGAGGCGGCCGGGGCAGCCCGCAGUCCAAGGGGCAGCCCGAACCUGAGGACACCGGAGCCAGCGGCUGCCCAGACUAGAGGCAGGUGUGCGGCGUUGGAGACGCGGGGUCGCUGCUGCUGGGAAUGCGAGCAGAACGGCUGGGGGGAGCCCGCGGGACAGCUGCUGCCGGGAGAUGUCGAAGACCUUACUGCCGCCAGCGAGAAGCCGGAGCGCCCUGCGCUUGCCCUAGAUGACCUGGGAGCUCCAGGGUGGCUGCGGGAAAGAGCUUCGGCUGAGCGCGCGCUGGCGUCUGCAACGCCUGCCUGGCCUCCCGUCCCCGUCGAGCCUGCUAACAGCCGGACGCCCCCGCCGGCUCUCCUGCCCCUCCCGGCUCCCUCCAGAGAGCCGCUGGAGAUAUUUACCGCAGGCUACCCAAACCAUUCAGUCCAACAGCUGCAGCAGCAGCAGCGCACUCGAGAGUGGGUAGCCAGAUACCCGCAGGUUCCUGAGGCCGGGAACCAGGUGCCCACUCGCGCCUGGUCGGUGUUGCCAGACAACUUCCUCCAGCUACCCUCAGAAACCGCCUUUGGGGUCUCGGAGACAAGCUCAGCGCUGCCAGAGCCCGCUCUGUCUUUUCAUUCUUUCCUUCCUGUGGCUGCUGAUGAGUUCUCAGAAUCCUGGCCGGGGAGCCUUCUACCCACUGUCUUUCGAAGCAUUCGUUGUCAGCUGUCCCUCCAGGAUCUGGAUGACUUUGUGGAUCAAGAAAGCCACGGCAGUGAGGAGAGUAGCAGUGGACCCAAAGAGUCUCCCGGAACCCCCGAGGAGGGGCUGCAACCAGUCCUGGAAACUUCCUCUUUGGGAGAGCUCAGGGAUGCAGUUGAGGUCCUGUCUGUGUCACCAAACCAAGGUAGCCCCUGCCUGAUCCGUCCAGGCCUCGGGAAUAAUAGAGGGAACACACCUAGUUCUCGGAAGGUCCCAACAGUGGCAGUAAGCCUUGGAGACCACCCCCAGGAGCAUUCGCCCUGGCCAGCCCCCAAGUUUCGGAGGUCUUUCAGGAGAAGCUCUCGAACAAGGAGAACGAAAUCUUCCUCUUCCUCUGAUGAGGAGCAUCUUGGUGAGGACUUGGUGAAGAAGAGCCGGCGCCCACCUCGGUCCAGGAAACCUUCCAAGGCAGGAGCCUUGCCCAGUCCAAGUGUGGAUGUUGUUUUAAUGCAGAAAUUGGCAGACGCUCAUUCCGUGGCAGGUCAUCCACACUCCUCGUGGGUCCUCAGCAGGGAUGGAUCUGCAGACUUGGUACCCCACAGACCUUCUGAACACAGGUCACCCCUUGUGCCCCUAGAUGCCAGGGAGCAUGAGUGGAUUGUGAGGCUUACCACUGGCUCCUGGUCCCAAGUGCAGACUUUGUUCUGGGAGGACCCUCAGCGGGCUUUACACAGAGACUUCCUGACAGGGUACACGGCCUUGCACUGGAUAGCAAAGCAUGGCGACCUGAGUGCCCUUCAGGACUUGGUCUCUGGAGCCCAGAAGGCGGGGAUUGCACUAGAUGUAAACGUGAGGUCCAGUUGUGGCUAUACCCCACUGCACCUUGCCGCUAUUCAUGGCCACCAGGAAGUCAUCAAGUUGCUAGUUAAAAGGUUGGCUUCUCGGGUGAAUAUCCGGGACUGCAGUGGCAAGAAGCCUUGGCAGUAUCUGAACAGCAGUGCCACUGGGGAAACAUGGCAGCUCCUGGGUGCACCCCGGGGUAAACCCAUCUUCCCUGUGUAUUCCUUAGUCCAAAGCUCUUCCCCAGCUAGAAAGGUCAAGAGCCGGGAAAUGUCUAGACAUAUCACCCGGAAGACUUCCUUGGCUGCUUUGCUCAAAACUCAACACAACAAAUGGAAGCUGGCCAGCCAGUAUGAGAAAUUCCAUACCCCAAAGGAGAGAGACGAAUACAGUGACUGAGGUAGGCUCCUCUCUCCGGAAGGCAGCGCCCCGCCCCACCCCCUUCCCAAGCCACUAGGUAGGUGAGAGAGCCCAAAGGGAAGCACAAACUGCUAGGAGUUGGUAAAGAGGACCAGUGAAAUGGUGUGAAGGGUCAUCUCAGCUUCUUGAAGGCGCCUAUGUUUGAGCUGUGAACUCCAGACAAAAGCAGAGG